ACAACAGACGAGGGUGGUGGUGGAUGGGAGCGGAGGGGGAGCAUGCGGAGCUUAGACAGGUGUUGCUGGGGUUUGCGCAUCGCUCGUGAGAUCGUUUGGCAGGAUGGGAGCUGCGAGAACGCCCACGCAACCCCACCAUAGUUUCCCAUGUAUUCUGCAGUUUUGCUUUUCGUAAUACGAAAUUCAAUUAACGCUGGAAACCAACUGAACGUCGCAAUGGUGCACCACUCGGGCUCCAUCCAGUCCUUCAAGCAGCAGAAAGGCAUGCACACCAGCAUCAGCGAGAUCCUGAAGGAGAAGAGCCUGAAGCCGUCUCGCCGCAGCCUGCCCUGCCUGGCCCAGAGUCAGACUCAUCCACUCAACCUCAACCACUUCCUGUCUGUUCCUCUGAGCCCGGAGCUGAAACCAGAAGUUGAGGGUCUGAGUCAGAGUAUCAGCACCUCUUCCAGGCUCCUGCACCCGCAGACAGCAGAAGAUGGCGAGGAUCAGUACGUGGAGGAGUCAGAGGUGACGUGUGAAACAAAACCAGAGGAGUCAUUUCCUUUACAAAAGCCUGUCACCCGUGCUAAACUAGAGGCCCGCACAGAUUCACUUCGGGGAAAGAAACCAGCUAUUUCCUCUGGGCUGUUUUUCCGAGAUGGGAAAAAGCGUAUUGACUACAUCCUGGUUUACAAGAAGUCAAGUCCACAGGUGGAAAAGAGGUGCACCUUUGAGAAGAAUUUACGGGCGGAGGGUCUGAUGCUAGAGAAGGAGCCUUCCUUGACGAACAACGACAUAAUGUUUGUGAAGGUCCAUGCUCCUUGGGAUACACUUUGCAAAUAUGCAGAGCAGAUGAACAUCCGAAUGCCUUUCAGGAAAAAAUGUUACUUUACGGACUGGAAGAGCAAAACCCUGGGCAGCAGGUUUCAUCUGAGAUGUCGUCAGAUAAAAAGUUGGCUUCCCAGAAAUCCCAUGAAGCUGGACAAAGAGGCCUUGCCUGACCUAGAGGAAAGUGACUGCUACACAGCCCCCUUCAGCAGAGCACGCAUGCAUCACUUCACUAUCAACAACAGAGAGACCUUCUUCUCCAAUUCCACCAGAAGCAGAAUUCUCCAUCAUGUGCUACAACGCACCAAGUACGAGGAGGGAAAAUUAAAGAUGGGUAUAAACCGGUUAUUGGGCAACAACACAUAUGAGGCUGCAUUUCCUCCUCAUGAGGGUGGUUACAAGAGCAGACACCCAAUUAAGACGCACGGUGUCCAGAACCACAGGCAUCUUCUGUAUGAGCGUUGGGCCCGCUGGGGAAUCUGGUACAAAUACCAGCCUCUGGACCUCAUCAGGCGGUACUUUGGUGAGAAAAUCGGUCUUUACUUUGCGUGGUUGGGCUGGUACACCGGCAUGUUGAUCCCUGCCGCCCUGGUUGGGGUUUUUGUCUUCCUCUAUGGUCUCUUCACUAUGGACUCCAGCCAAGUCAGUAAAGAGAUAUGUGAAGCCAACACCACCAUCAUGUGUCCUAUGUGUGAGGACACCUGUGAGCCAUGGACACUGAGUGACAGUUGUGUCUACGCAAAGGUGACCCAUCUGUUUGAUAAUGGCGGCACUGUGUUCUUUGCCAUCUUUAUGGCUAUUUGGGCCACAGUAUUCCUGGAGUUCUGGAAAAGGAGGAGGGCAGAACUGACUUAUGACUGGGAUCUCAUCGAUUGGGAGGAGGAAGAGGAGGAGCUGAGGCCUCAGUUUGAAGCCAAGUACUCCGGGGUGGAGAGAGUCAACCCCAUCUCUGGCAAGCCUGAGCCUUUCCAGCCCUUCACAGACAAACUCAGCAGGCUCAUGGUGUCUGUGUCCGGAAUAUUCUUCAUGAUUUCCCUCGUUCUGACAGCCGUGUUUGCCGUGGUGGUAUUCCGUCUCAUUGCGAUGGAGAAAUUUGCUUCCUUCAACUGGUAUUUUGUGAAGAAGAACUGGCAGUUUGCCACCUCUGGCACCGGUGUCUGCAUCAACUUUAUGAUCAUCAUGUCUCUCAACGUGGUGUAUGAAAAGGUGGCCUAUUUGCUGACAAAUUUAGAGCACCCACGGACAGAGUCUGAGUGGGAGAACAGCUUUUCUCUGAAGAUGUUCCUGUUCCAGUUUGUAAAUUUGAACAGCUCCACAUUUUACAUUGCUUUCUUUCUCGGAAGGUUUGCUGGCAGGCCUGGAAAAUACAAUAAACUCUUUAAUCGAUGGAGACUGGAGGAGUGUCACCCGAGUGGCUGUUUGAUUGAUCUGUGCCUGCAAAUGGGAGUCAUCAUGUUCUUCAAACAAAUCUGGAACAACUUCAUGGAGCUUGGUUAUCCCUUGCUGCAGAACUGGUGGUCUCGUAGAAAGAUGAAGAAAGUAGGUGGUGGAGGGCAGAAUGUAGAGAAUAAAGCCCAGCUUCCGCAGUGGGACAAAGACUGGAAUCUGCAGCCGAUGAACGCCCAUGGACUGGUGGAUGAAUACCUUGAAAUGGUUCUCCAGUUUGGCUUCACCACCAUCUUUGUAGCAGCGUUCCCGCUGGCUCCUCUCCUGGCUCUGCUCAACAACAUCAUUGAAAUUCGUCUUGACGCCUACAAGUUUGUCACUCAGUGGAGGAGACCCAUGCCAGCUCGAGCCACUGACAUAGGUAUCUGGCACGGAAUCCUCGAAGGUAUCGGUGUGCUGGCAGUCAUCACCAACGCCUUUGUCAUCGCCAUUACCUCAGACUACAUUCCCCGUUUUGUUUACGCCUUCAAAUAUGGCCCGUGUGUUGACAAGGGACACCACCACGAGGAUGAGUGUUUGCGAGGGUACAUGAACAGCAGCCUGUCUGUGUUUGAGAUGAGGGAGAUGAAGAACAGCAGCCAGUUCAGAUACUGCAGGUACAGAGACUACAGAGCGCCGCCGUGGAGCUCAGUGCCGUAUGAAUUCACCCUUCAGUUCUGGCAUGUCUUGGCUGCCAGGUUGGCCUUCAUCAUCGUCUUUGAGCACCUGGUGUAUGGGAUCAAGUCCUUCAUAGCAUACCUCAUUCCGGACAUUCCGAAGGAUCUCUGCGAUCGUAUGAGGAGGGAAAAGUACCUGAUGCAAGAGAUGAUGUACGAAGCAGAACUGGAGCACCUGCAGAAGGAGAGGAAGAAGAACGGAGGGCGUUAUCACCAUGAGUGGCCUUAGUUUUUACCCCCAUAUCUCUAUUGCACACUACACAGCCCUCAACUCACAGGCAAAACCUCCCCCUCUCUGCUUAUUUAUGUGUUUUAACUUUGAGAGUCAGGCUUCACUCGGCUGAUUCUGUACACCAAAGACACCCUCUUCAGUAACCAAACCUAUCUGGCUUCAGGCUCUGAACCUGACCACUCCCCCGCCAUCUGUUCCAUGUCCAGUGUAUUCGCUGCUCUUAGUUUCCGGCUCUGGCGCUCUCCUGUGGCCCAUCCCUCACCUGGCUUUCUCCAUCAGGUUCCUCUUGGGCCUGUGCUGUUUUAUGGCUUUGCUAGGAAAACCUGUGCAAUUGUAAUGUUUACUAUGCAGAUCAAGGAGUGCAGAUCACCGCUGGUCUCUUUUGGCACCCAUCCUGCACUCUCUCUGUGUGGCAGCUAGCACUCUGCUUUGCUCUUUUUGGUGCCGCAAAGCAUCAUGGCCGUGUUUUUCUUCAUAUGUGGCAGAAGUACCGUGGCACUUAGCGUUUCUUGUUGCAAACGAGAUUCUGGGGAUGUGGCUGCAAAAUACAUUGGACACUGUUUUUGCAAAGCGACUGUAUAUUACCCUUGGAGCAUGCUGAUUAAUAUUUCCAGCAAGAAAAAAAUAACAGCAAUCAUCGUGGAGAAUGUGAACAUCCAUUCAGAAACUUUGUCAAAGAAUUCUCUAUGAAAUUAUAUAAAGUGCAUGGUAAUAUUAUUUUGUACCUUUUGACAGAAAAAGUCCCUGUCUUAAUGCCUGGUUCAAGUGUGUCUGUACUUAAUGUGAGCUGUGUGUUUAUCUGUUUGUGGUACUACUGAGCUUGACUGUCUUGAGUUGAGGAAAUGUGAUCUUAGUGUGAUUUGACUGUGCCUAAAGUUGUGCGCACCACAAUUGUGUCACCAACAUCACGUGUGCCUGUUUGUGCUGCAAGUGCAAGAAAUAUUCUCUCUCAUGGUUCUAAUGUGUGAUCAUUUGUAAACUCUCUGAACUCUCCUGUAAGGAUUUGUUUUGGAUGUAAGUCACACCACAGUACCUGCUCGGGUCUCAGCCAAUGGCUCUGGAACACAAUAUACGUUGUAACAUGACUCCCAUCAUGAACAAUGUAUACACUUGCAUGCAGAAGCCACAAAUCUGAUCUUCCGUUCUGCGCUCACAGCCUGUUUUUCAUUUGUUGUUGGAAGCCCUGAAGCGUGGUUGAAACUUGGAUCACUUAGACAUACCUGUGGCUUGGAUGUUCAGCUUGCAAAGAACAUCCAACCACUGUUUCUCGCUCACAUAGUACACCAACAUACUACAGUUCUAUUCCUUUGCUAAGCAUACGGUCAGAGACCGUUUUGGGUGCUUUCUGGCCUUUAGUGAUGUGAAACAAUGGAAUUUAGUUUUUAGUUUUUUUUAAACGUCAUAGUCUUUUUAUUGUGGUCAGUUCUGGAGCAGCAUGUGUCUGGAAACUCAGGAAAACAGGCAGCAUGGGCAACCCAUCUAUUUGUGAGGCUGAGUCAGAAUCCUAACUAUUUCCUGAUUCAUUCAUGUUGAGAUAGAGCGUUGUGAAGUAAACAGUAUUAAUGAGGAGGUUUCUAUUUUCUAGGUCAGGGGUCUUCAAUGAUUUUUAAGCCAAGGACCCCUUAACUGAAAGAGAGACAGAGCAGGGACCCCCUACUACAUGUAUUGUAUGUAUAAAAUUAACUGGGCAUACAAUAACGUGUAGGGAGUUCUUUUUACAUACCUUUUUAGUCCAUAGAAUACUAAGCUAUUAAAAUAGCCUAAUGAGAGUUAGCAUGAUUUAAUAAAUCAUGUUUUAUUGUUAAACACACUAUACAUGGGGCACAAUGAAUCCUUAGGAUUAACUGUAUGAUCUGUGGAUGGCCUUAGUGACUACCUUACCUUUAGUUCACUAAGCGAUGGGGAUUUAUAUUUGAUAAUGAUAUGUUGGAUUAUUGUUAAGACUUUUUAAGUUUUGAAAAACUUACAAAAAUUAACAAUAAUUUGGAGGCCCUCCUGCAUUGACUGUGAGGACCCCAUGUUGAAGAUCUCUGUUCUAGGAAAUGAGAACUUUCACAUUGGCCCAAGAGCUUCAGUACAGGUCAUGUUGAUCAUAUGAAUCUAACAACUGAACAUAAAGAAUACAACUUCCCUGAAUGCAUUGCACAACACUAAAACGUAUUUCUCAUUUUACAAGAAUUGUAGUUCAUUUAAAUGUAUUUAUUUAUUUUUCUGUUCUCUGUGUAUAUAUUAUGAUAUGUACGUAAUGUUUUUAUACUUUUUAUUUUGUGCUGUCAGUAUGACUUCACCUGUUUUCACUCUUAGAUUAACAAAGUAAUGUCCAUUUCUCAGGUGUCUUCUGAAUGUUUUAUAUUUUCUAAGAUGCAAUUAAAGGUGUCCUGCUUUUUAAGAAAUAUAUUUUUGCACUGCAGUGUAUUUGCAUGACUAUAGUGUACACUCAGUUAAUAGCAUGUUUGACUUUUCUUUGCAUAAUCACAGAAGUAUAUUAGAGAAGAUCAGAAAUCACAAGUCAAAAUGGAGACAUAUGAUGCAGGCUGUUGUUGUUAAGAAGUAAUGAGGCUUUCAAAGUGUUCAAUCAAUUGAUCAUAAUGAAUUAAUUUACAAUUUUUAAAUCUCAUUCCAAUAUAGUCCAGGUUUUCAGAAUAUCUUCUUCGCUAUGUGAACAUUAAAAAUCUAUGCAUGUUGUUAUUCUUGAGUUUGAACAGACGCAGAUGUAAAUGUACCGGUACAUUUGUACUGUAAAGUACGGUAUGCAUGACCUAACGUCUGCUUUAAGCACACUUAACUUCUGUAAAGUCGUUAACAGCGUCUUAAACAUAUCCCCUUUCCUUUUUUCGGUGUUGAUCCUUUUUGGAGGCCUGGACAAGACAUAAUGUUUCUUGAUGUGACAGAAUUUUAAAUUGUUAAGAGUAUUUUCUAAAUAAAAGCUUGGACUCCAGACUUAUUUAUAUAAUCUGACCUCUUUGAACACUCAAUGGGAAUUCAAAUAAUAUUCACCCUCUUUUACAGCUGACGUGUUUAACUAAAAGGGAUAGGGGUAAUUUCAUGAAUGAAUUUGGCCUUGGAUGUUUGACUUAACCAGCCACUAAUCUUUUUUUCUGUUAUCUUCUCCUUUCUGAGAGCUUUGAUCGACCUUCUCACUAACACAAAUGCUGCACAGUGGUGGAAAGGCUGCUGUUGGCGAUAGCACAAUAUGGGUAUUGCAUAAUAAUUAAUAAUGGCAUGACCUUGCACAUCUCUGAAAAAAUAGCAGUCUAGGGAGGGAUUAAGCUUUCUGUUCCAUGCUAUGCCUCCUAAUAGGAUUGGGCUUGAACAAGUCAAGUACUUGAUGUGAAAGCACAGUGAUGUUAAAUGUAAAUGUACAGUAGGGUGGUAUCACACGUGACAUGAAGUGCAUCAAUAACAUUGUUUACUUCGUUGCUGUUUACAUGUAAAAAUAUACUGAAAUGUAUACAAAAUAAUGUAACAUAAAACUAAUUUGGAUAUCACUCUUUUCUGUAAUAAAUCAUGAAUUGUAUCUUUUAAAUUAAA